GUCCUCAUCUCUCGCCUUGGUUAUACACAGUUUCCACUUUCCACUUUGACUGUACCAAAGUCACGCUUGCUCCCUCUCUUAACCGCUUCCAUCUUUGCUCUCUCUCUCUCUCUCUCUAUGGACACACAUCCUUGGUCUUGAAUAGGUUUUUGGGUGAAGGAGUAGUGUUGGUGGCUUUGUAUAUCUUUUAGUGGAUAAGGAUACAACAGCAUGCGGUGGUGGCUUAGUCUCUCAGUUGAUGUAUACCGCAAAGUGAUUUCCUUGAAUCUGUAUUGCAAAGUUAUUCUGUAACUCUUAAGUCCCUUUUGAUCAAAAACCUUUUUCAAUCAUCUCACUCAUCUAUUCCUUGCCUUGAAUCAAUGGGAUCCAAUUUUUUUGUUGUUGUUCCUUGUUAUGUCCGUCAGAUUAGCUGAAAACCCCCACCCCUAUCUUGUUUCAAACCUCUUAUUUUCAAUCAGCCUCUUUUAACAUUUUAGUUGUCAUUAGUUUCUAGCCAUUUUCUCCUUAGGUGGUGUUUGUAGACAAGUCAAAUUAGUAUCUUAGUUUUGUGUAUUGUUCAAUUUGUUAAAACCGGUUUUCACUACUGGAUUGGGAGGGUUCAGACUUCAGAAUCAUUGUCUCUGGGAACAUAGUUGUUCUUCCAUUUUGAAGGGUUGGAAAAGUAGUUAUGGUGUGCCAAGCAGCGAGUCAAACCAGAUUUCGGGCAUUGAAACACGAGAAUGGAUAUGCAGGGAGCUCCACCAUAAUAGUUAGGGUUAUAGCAUGCUUUCAACCUCUCACAGAUUGCCAGGCUGAAUACUUUCGUCAUUUGCUCAAGCCUGUUACGUAAUAGUUUUUUUCUUUUUGUUCGUGUUGGGUUAAAGCUGGUGGUUUAGUUGUUUUCCUUGUUGGUGAAAGAGUUACCAAUAGUAAAAGAUAGCACUUGUGUUUGAAACGUUUUUCUUCAGUGUGCUUUGAAAAUCUUUAGGUGAUUGUUGGGGUUUAAUGGGAGAAGAUUGCAGAACCUGGAUUCCGGAGCUGCAUUUUAAUUGGCAAUCUCCAAAUUUGAGCUCCUUCAAUGCUACACCCUUUGGUGUGGGGAAGCAAAAUGGUACUUCUGCAGCUAUGAAUUCGGGUGCCAACGUGGUCACAAGAAACGCGGCAAUGCCAGCUUAUGCGUCCUCUGCCUUACCGCAUUCGCAGUUAGGACAUUCUGGUGAACCUCAUGGUUGGUUUUAUUGUUUGCCUCGCUUUCGCCAGGGAUUUACCACGCCUGCUCAAACCUUCAAUGCAGAGGAAAAACUCCCUGCUGGCCAUGCCAAUGGUUUAGGGGUGGAAGUUGCGCCGAAUAGGGAAUCGGGUUUCCCUCAGAAGCAAUUGCUGGUUAUUGAUCAAACGGGUGAUCAAACAACUCUUGUUUAUAGUUCAAGGUUUGGGGGUCCCGUUGAUUGUCAUGUGUCCUGGGAUUCAAAGCUGCAUGGUUCUAUCAAUUUGAACAAUGGGAAUGAAUUGCUUAAUUUAAGGAGAGAUGUGAAUCAUGUGGUUGGACUUGGACCUACUUUGGAUGAUAAAGUUCAUGAAAAUACAGGAACUGAUGAUGACAUUGAAAGCGAGAUGCAUGAGGACACAGAGGAAAUCAAUGCAUUGCUUUACUCUGACAGUGAUGGUUAUUCCACUGAGGAUGAUGAUGAUGAUGAAGUUACUAGCACAGGACAUUCACCCAGUACAAUGACCACGCACGAUGAUAACCAGGAAGAACCCCAUAGGAGAACCGCUGAAGAAGUUGCUAGCUCCGUCGGAGAAACAAAGAAGCGAAAGCUAUUGGACGGUGCUUAUGAUGAUGACAACUUGCAGUUCAUUGACACUGCUAGUUCUCUGAAUGGGAAAAAAAGACCCUUUGAAGUCGAAGAUGAUGCCGAAUCAAGAUGCUCUAGUGGUGGCAACAGUAGUAGUAGAGGGUCAGGUGGAAUGGGUUCCUUGUCAGGCAAUAAAAAGAUGAGAAAGGAGAAGAUUCAAGAUGUUCUGAGCAUCCUGCAAUGCAUAGUUCCUGGUGGAAAGGACAAGGACCCAAUCGAGCUUCUUGAUGAAGCCAUUCGUUGCUUGAAAUCAUUGAAACUCAAGGCCAUAGAACUUGGACUUGAUGCUACUAUAUAAGUUGUGGACAAUUGGAAAUCAGCAUCACCUAUCACUUAUUUAGUACGUUAUCUUUGUGUUUUGGUUUGUAGAAUAAACAAGGUAUGAGUGUGAAACGAAUCCUUUGAAGCCCUUGCUCAAUUAUAAAGUUGGAAGAAAAUAGAGAAAUCAGGUGGGCUUUGAGUAAUGGUAGUAGUUUGUGUGUGAAGAAAGAGGGUGAGGUAUUUCAGCGUAUUAUGCCGCAAUAAAGGAAAAAAAAAAAAAACAAAGAAAUGAAUGAUUAGUCCAUGUCUUGGGGGUUAGAGAAAGUAGCACUAACGCUGGCAUGGGGUGUGUGAGUUGUGUUUUUUUGAAAUGAGAAGACCACUGGUUGUUCCAAAAACGAGAGUGCACGCCUCUUGGUUGUUAUGGGGCCCAACCUCACUUCCUCUUUUUGUAACCUUGUCGUGUUCAAUCCUUUGUGGGUUUGCCUUUUUCUCUGAUGUAAAAAUUAUCACUUCUCCUUUUGUGAAAGAGAUUGUGACAACUUUGGCUAUAAAGGGGGGCCCCUCUUCCCCUCUAUUUUUUCUACUUGACGGAUGGCACAGUAAUGUAACACCACGCUUGUGGGAAACACUGAUUUUUGUGCUGUGGUUUAGUGCUAUAUUAUUGUUAUUGUUGUGUAUCGUAAUUGGUGUAGUAGUGUAUAUGGACUUAUUACAGAAGAAAGGAAGAAGGGGUGAUAUCUUGGUCUGAUGUAAUUUAAUGUGGUUGGUGUCACUGUUGUCUUCUUGCCUAUGUAGUUACGUCGCAUACACGCAUUUAAUGAUAUGAGAAAGUGAUGUGUUUUUAAAAA